AAUGUGCCAAUGAACAACUGGAUUUGCCUUAGGAAAAAAAUGGCUCCUCUGGGAGCUUUGCCAAUCAAAAAACAAACACACUGGAAUUACUGGCUUUGAUUGUACAUUAUGUGCUGAUUGGUGACUUGAGGGCAGGAAUGUUAUUAAAUUAAUAAAGGACACAUUAUAAAAGCAGCAAAGAUCAGUUUUUAGUUCUUUUGAAUAAGAUAGUCACACAAGGAACUAAGUCCUGGCUCUUGAGAUGAACAGAGAAAGAAGAAAAGCUGAGAAUCAGAGGAGAGCUGGAGACAGAGGACAGUGGGCCAGUAAAACUGAAUAUGUUCUGGUUGUUGCAGGAAACGUGGUCGGUCUGGGGAACGUGUGGAGGUUUCCUUACCUCUGCUACAAGAACGGAGGAGGGGCCUUUCUGGUGCCGUACUGUCUGUUAGCUGUGGUGUGUGGGAUACCUCUGUUUCUGCUGGAGACUUCAGUCGGUCAGUACACCCAGGAAGGAUUCAUCACCUGCUGGAGGAAACUGUGUCCACUGGCACAAGGGAUAGGAUACGGAAAUUUGGUGAUUAAACUUUAUGACUUCAUUUACAUUAUAAUCCAAGUCUGGGCUCUGUUCUACCUGGCGUCUUCAUUCACAUCCAAGCUCCCCUGGGCCAGCUGUGACAACACCUGGAACACAGUGAACUGUGUGGGUCUUCAGAGUUUGUCAAAUGAGACUGUAAAUCACACCAUGUUGACCAACACCACCUCUGCUGCUACUGAGUUCUGGGAACGGAGGGUGCUGGUCGUGUCUGGAGGUAUCGAGGAGCUGGGCAGUGUGAGAUGGGAGCUGGCUCUGUGUCUUCUGCUCUGCUGGGUGUUCUGCUACUUCAGCAUCUGGAAAAGCGUCAGAUCCUCUGGAAAGGUUGCAUACUUCACCGCCACUUUCCCCUACGCCAUGCUCCUCAUACUGCUCAUCAGGGGACUGACUUUACCUGGAGCAUGGGAAGGAAUCUACUUCUACCUGUACCCAGACUUGAACCGCCUGGCUAACCUUGAGGUCUGGAUAGAAGCAGGCUCUCAGAUAUGCUUCUCCUACAGCGUGGCUGCAGGAAUGCUAAUUGUUUUGGGCAGCUAUAAUGAGUACAACAACAACUGUUUCAAGGACUGCUUUUGGCUCUGUCUGCUGAACAGUGGGACCAGUUUUGUUGCUGGAUUCGUUGUCUUCUCUGUCCUUGGAUUCAUGGCUCAGAAACAGGGCGUUACCGUUGACAGUGUAGCUGAGUCAGGUCCAGGUCUGGCCUUCAUUGCCUACCCUCAGGCUACAGCCAUGAUGCCUUUACCACAGUUCUGGACCGUCUGCUUCUUCCUGAUGCUCAUCUUCCUCAGUGUCGACACUCAUUUUGUGACAGUCGAGUGUUUUAUCGCCUCAAUAAGUGACUUGUUUCCGAAGCACUUACGUGCACCGGGACGGUCUGAAAUCUUUGUCCUCCUCAUCUGUUUGUUCUUCUUCCUCACACAUCUGACCUUGGUCACUGAGGGAGGGAUUUACAUAUUCCAGCUCAUUGGUUAUUAUGGUUGUACCAGAGCUUGUGAUUUUAUGGCUUUAUCUCAGUGUCUGGCUCUGGCCUGGGGUUUUGGUGCUGAGCGUGUUAUUGACGUCAUCGAGGACAUGACAGGACAGAGGCCAUGUGCUUUCUUCAAACUGUGCUGGAAAUACAUCAUCCCUCUGCUGACACUGAUUUCCUUAGUCCUGUACCUGGUUGGUUACACACACCUCAAGCUUAAUAACCAGUACGUUUACCCUGCCUGGGCGUAUGGACUGGGAUGGACCAUGACUCUCUCCUCUGUUCUCAUGGUGCCACUGUGGGCAGCUGGACAGAUGUGUUUGACAGCAGGAACCUUCAGAGAGCGUUUGCACAUCCUUUGUCGACCCGCUGAAGAUCCAGCCCGGCAGAGAAGAAAAACAGGAGAGGAGGAGGAGGAGGAGGAGGUGACUGUGGAACUGAGGACGUCUGCAGUGACGACUUAAAAUUCCCUGAAAAGUCACAUUAACUACAAACUUGAGUUAUUAGGUCAAUUAUAAACAAGUAAAAAUGUUGGUUACUUCUCACUUCUGCCUUCAAAGUUAUUGGUUAUCUUUAAUUUGAGGUUUUCUGUUUCCUUUAUCUCGUCAGAAUCUGUUUUCUUCUUGUGUUCUUAGUUCAGUCAAUGCCAGCUCUCUUGCUCUAUUUAAUCAUCAACGUUAGAGUAUCUUGUCCAAACAAGACAUUUUUUCUUCCUGUUCCUUCCUCAUUCCAGGGUUUUCUGACCAAUCUUUCCUUUUCCAAAUUGAGGCUCUAAGGGUCUUGAGACUGAAAUGUAAUGUUUGACGUGACCUGUAUAAAUAAAACUGACUUGACUUAA